CCGACGUCUUCACCGAUUGGGCGAUGGAGGAGGCCGCCAUCUUCCCCGACUGGGCGAUGCUGGAUCGCAUGGGCCGCACCCGCUGCCACAAGGACCUAGACGCUGCUCGUCUGGUUGUCAGCAAGAACAAGACCGCCGCUCGACUCCGCAUUGACCGCGGCCUUUCCUUGUACGUGUCCUUCACCCUCGCGGCUCCGGGUGGGGUUUCCUACCUCAACCUCCACUGGCCGUCGGUGGGAGAAGGAUCCGAUGCCGCCUGUUCCUACGUCCGGGCAACCGACAAAGACCUCGUCCUCUUCGACAUCGAUGUCCCGACCCGGGUUCCCUACUUCGGCGCCCCGCCAGAUCUGUUCGUCUACACGGCCGCCGGUCCUUCCCCCUCGGUGCAGCAGCUCCCUCUGUACCCCAAGGAGAGGAUGAUAAGUCGGCGGUUCCUGAUGGGUAAAUUCACCACAGGCAUCUUGCGGCUCUCGGACAAGCACUACAUCGUUGCCGACCUCAGUGUCCAGGAUGGUGGUGCACUCUGCGUCUUCAACUCCUCCUCCCAGACUAAAGAGUGGAAAACCAUCCCCAUUACACCCGGCCAGAUACGUUGGCACCCACCGCAGCAGAACCAGAGCAGUGGCCAGCUCCCCAACCUCUGGUCAACUGACAAUGUGCUCGCUUUCAACGACCGUUUCCUGUGCUGGGUUGACUACUUCAGCGGUGUCCUGCUAUCUGACUUCUCUUCCACUCUAGGUUCCCCCAUGGCGCUCCACUUCGUACCUUUCCCUGGAGAGGAAUACCCUGAAGAGGUACGGGGCGCAAGUCAGUUCCCUGGGAGGUUCCGAAGUGUGUCCAUCACCCAAGGCAAGAUGUGCUUUGUCCACAUUGACAAUGACUUCCAUGAGGAGACAAGCGAAGAUGACUGCCCAUGUCUUCAGGUUCCUGGGAGACGAAGAAGCCAACCACAGCAGCAUCUGGGUCCCAAAAAGAUCACCAUUUGGACUUUGAACUCUUACAACUUAUUAGAGUUCAAGUGGGAGCAACAUGGUGUGAUCAACCUUGACCUCCUCCAGGCGCAACCUAAUUACAAAGCACCUAAGCGUCUUCCUGAGUUCCCAGUCUUCCAUGACCCGGAUGUUCUAUGCUGCCUGUUAAGGGAAGAGGAAUUUUAUGGCAAAGGGUGGAUGAUCAUGGUUGACAUGAAGCAAGCGAAUCUGCGGUCAUGUACUCAAUAUGUCAACCGACAGUCCUACUGUGCCAAGUGUGUGGAUACGGGCUGUGCUGAGUGUGAGGAGGACAGAGACGAGUUUUCUAAUGUGCUCCUACUUCCAACUGUCUUCUCCAAACAAUUUGAAAAGCCAACAGGGAUGGAAUUGGACAACGACAAGGUUGGGGUUCUUCUUCCAAAGAAGCAUAAGCUGUCUGCAAGGUUUUCUUCAAAGAACCGUAAGAUUAAGUGUGCCGUGUAAAAGACCUGGAAUCUGGUGACAUGGUGUUGAGCAUAGUAUGGAAGAUGAUGUUGGUGUUAAUGCUUUGAUGGUGCACUACAGGCAGAACCAAGCCAACAGGGAAAAAUUUGCAUUGAUGUGAAGAAGAUGAUGUACUGAUGAAUACCUUUAUCUACCUAUUUAUUUAUUAGAGUAAACGAUGCAUGUUUCUGGAUUAUCUAAUCUAAUCAUGAUGUAGUGAUUGAAUAUC